AUGCCUUUAGGAAUCUCUCACACUAAACACUUGUAUGAAUAUAGUGCUUGCGUUAGUUCUAUUCAAAAAGCAUGUAGAAGAAACCUUUCGAAUGAUGUCUUGUUUUAUACGAUUGAACAGGAUGUUUCUGGUUAUGGAAAUGGUACAUUCGAAGAUUUGUUUACUUAUGCAUGCGAAGAUUGUUUCGGAAGCUUGGAGUUACCAAUUCAAUUAUUAGAAUUAUACGUUGAUUGGAAGAAACAUGUAAAGAAGGAAUGUAAAAACAAAACUAGUACUGCUUGGAAGGAAUCAGAAAAGAGUAGGAAAAUGCUGGUUGGUGGUGCUUUGUCUGUUUGUAGGACUUUGAAAUCUAGAAUUGCUGCUAUGGGAAGUAUUGUUGCUUUGAAUAGUGAAUUUACAGAAUUGGAAAAUGAUGGAAAGAUUUCUAAUAAUUUGAAAUGGGUUCAUAAUAUUAAUGAAACAAAAGGAAUGGAUGCUGAAUUGAUUUUAAAGAAUUUUGAAAAAGUAUUUGAUGAAACAUUUACAAAUUGGAAUGAUUAUUUGGAAAAUGGAAAAACAAAUGAAAAACUUGAAACUGUAAAGAAAAGUGAAAUUGAAUUGUUGCAAUUAACACAUUGUAUAAUAAUGAUGGAAGAAAUUGAAAAGAAGAAAGUAGAAAAUAAUAAGCAAAAGAUGGUGAGGUCAGUAUUGGAAUAUCUCAAAAAAGAGAAGAGGGAUGAUUGUAUUAAUUUUGUAAAGAAAUAUUGUAUAUAUAGUAUGGACGACACUUCUAAGCAUCAGUCAAGAUUAUUAAUUUGUUUGUUCCAUUUCAUAUUGGGUAAAUUAUUGAAAAUGGAAGUUAAUAAUAAGGAAAUGAGACUUUUGAAUAUAUUAUCAUUGAUGGAAAUUAUUUGUUUGGGAGUUGGAUCGCUCAAACUUAAUGUCCAGUGUGGUAUACUGUAUGCAGUGAGGUCUCAAAUGUUACAAAUUGAUGAUGAAUGGGAGAAUAUUGAUUAUGAUGAAAUUACUGAUGAAGAAUCUAUUAAGGAUUCUAUGGAAAGAUUAUAUUCCAAUGUUGUAGAAAAGCCAGAUGCUUCAUUAUUAUCAAAAAGAAGAGAAAUGACAAUGUUAGAUGUUUACUUUGAUAAACACACUCAUGCUGGUAAAGGGAAGGAUACAAGAACAACUUUGAAGAAAUAUUGUAAGAAUAAGAAGAUUGAUAUUUCAGAAUGGGGUGAAGACGAGCUCAACAAAUCACAUCCAAAUGUUAUUAAGAGAUUUAAGAAUCAGAAAGAGGGACUUCCUACUCAAAUGUCACAUUUUCUUGAUGAAGGAUUAAAAUUAGAUGAGAGUUUAGUUUUGAACAUUGACAAUAUAUAUAUGGAUGAAGCUUACAAAAUUUACAUGAAUCUGGAAGAAAAGAAUACAACAAAAAAGGCUAGAACUAAUAGCAUUUAUCCAGAUGUUUACAAAAAAUGGGUGAAAAACUUUGAACAAGAAGAGGAAGAAGAUAGUGAUGAAGAAGAGGAUUCAAGUGAUGAAGAAGAGAAAGUGGAAUCAAAAAAGAGAAAAUCAACUCCAAAACUGAGAAUCAAGAAGAAAACAAAAAUUGAAAUGAUUUCUGAUUUUGAAUUAUUAGAUACAGAACUUUGUGAGAAUAUUCUCGAAUGUCCUAUUGGUCAAACUCCUACAAGUAGUUCAAAGAAGAAGGUUUACAUUACUAGUGAAUAUGUAUUCAAAGGACCUUAUAGCCAAACAAAUGAAAAAGAUAUGGUCAAUAUUAGGAAAAUUCAAUUUAGAACAAAUUUAUUGAAUACUGAGAUUGGUUUGAGUAAUAUUUUAAUUCCAACAGUUGUGAAAUUCGAAAGUGAUUCGAACUACUAUCUCAGAUAUAUUAGAAUUGGUUCUGAUAUGACUGAUUCUGAUAUUAAGGAUAAGGGAGAGAAUCUCAAUAAGCACAAUAUUGUUAAAGAUAGGAAAUGUCUUGGAAUUUCACUUGCAACAGAAUACUUCAAAACUCAAGAAGAUAUUUCAUCAAAAAUUUAUGAAUCAAUUUCAACAGAUUUUAUUGGAAGAUAUAUUUUAGGAAUUGGAGAUGUUCACUUGAAUAAUGUGAUCGUUAAUUUGGAUUCUAAUGAAGCAUUUGGUAUAGAUUUGGAUGAAAAUCGUCAAACAAUUCCUACAGCAAAGAAGAGUAAAUUUACUGAACUUCUCUUUGUAAAAUCUCCUGGAAAGAAAGUUAAGGAACUAUUUGAUAAUUAUGUAAAGAAGAAUAAGAAAACUUUGAAAGGUAUGGUUGAUAAAUUUAAGAAUGAAACUUUUGAGGAAAAACUCAAACUCUAUAGAGAAAAGUUUGGGGUUGAUGAAAGUAAUUGUCCCUCUAUUGAAGAAAUUCAUACAAGAUGUGAGGCACUUCUUCAUCAUUUGAAAUAG